AUGCUGCGCAACGAACUUACUCGGCCUCGAGAUCGUCAGGCCUUUGAGAUUGCCAUUUUCUGCACACUUGGCGUCGAGGCUGAUGCUAUGAUAGCUUUGUUUGAUGAGAUAUGGGAGCAAAACGAGCAGUUCGAGAAGGCUGAUGGAGAUACCAACGGCUAUACCAUCGGUCGGAUCUGUCAACAUUACGUCGUUCUUGCUCAGAUUCCUCGUAGGGGCUUAGUAUCGGCAUCUACCGUCGCAGCAAACCUCCGACACAGUUUUCCACACAUUCGACUUGGUCUGUUGGUUGGUAUAUGCGGCGCGGUGCCUUUCACACAGACGGAGCAGGAAAUCAUUCUGGGAGACAUAAUCAUCAGUACUCAUAUCAUAAACUCGGGCUUUGGAACACUAUAUUCAAAUAGGUUCAUCCGGAAGAACUCGCUGCAUGACAAUCCAAGCAGACCGUGCCCAGAAAUCGCUGGCUUCUUAUCAAAGCUAAAAGGGAACGUCGCCCGGAGCGAGCUUGAAGGUCAAAUUCGAAAGAAUCUUGCGACCCUAUCUAAUGCGGCUUCGACAUAUCCUGGUGCUCAGGAGGAUAAGCUCUUCGAGGCGACCUAUCGCCAUAAACAUAAUGGAACAGCAUGUUCAAGCGGCGAUUGCUCCGAGAAUGAUGUUUGUCUUGAAGCCUUGGAGCUCUCUUGUGCCGAACUCGGGUGUGACUUUGAGAACUUAAUACCUCGAGCUCGAGUUCAGGCUGCCGCGAGGGAGAUUAGUCCCAAAUCUCACUGUCCGGAGGUACACUUUGGUGGCCUUGCUUCAGCAGACCAGAUGAUCGUUAAUUCUGCCUUAUAUCGCGACCGGAUUGCUGAAGAGGAAGGGGUGAUCGGUUUUGAGAUGGAAGCAGCCGGGCUGUGGGACACAGUACCGACUAUCGUGGUUAAAGGCGCAUGCGACUAUGCAGAUAGUCAUAAGAACAAAAAGUGGCAGCUGUACGCAGCUGCAACAGCUGCAUCCUGCGCCAAGGGUAUAUUAGCAGCCUGGAGAAAGACAGCAAGACCGGUGCAGAGUAAAUCUCGUGUGAAGGAAUUUGUGACAUCGCCGACCCCGACUCAGGUGUUCAGUGGAACAUUCUCGGCUUCGAAGAAUAUCCACAAUGGUGGGACGUACACGGCUGAGACGAUUAGUUUCUGA